GUUUAUCCUCAGGCCCCCAAGCCGUGCCGUUCCCCGGUUUCGGAUUAUUUGUUCGCAGUUGUAUAAGAAGCGGGAAGUGACCAGUCACUGCAGAUGGAGGAAAGCAAAACCCUUGAUUUCAAGGCUCUGAAGAGAGAGUUAGAAACAGCCUUGUUUCUAGAUGAGAAAUACAAACGAGAAAAUGAUGCAAAGUUCAGGGCCAUUCAUCAGAAAGUGGGAUCGUAUGAGGAAUUCAGGGAUAUUGUGCUGGCAUCGCACCUGAAACCCCUGGACUUGCGAGACAAGUUGGGAGCAAGGAAUCAACCCUGGAAUAGAUGUGCUCGGUCAUUGAGCACAAAAGACAGUAUCCAGGUGGGGCUAUCCCAGCACUCACAUUCCAAGCCGAAGACAGCUGUUGAGUUUAGCCGUGACUGGAGAAGAUAUUACAGCACUGAAGCAGAGAAAUACAGUUUCCUUCUCAGCCUUGGUGGUCAGCUUUUGGGGAACAUCUUCCGUGCUGAAAUUGGAUUUGGAUAUCUUGGUGAGUUCCUCGUCAUCCUUUGCAAUAAUUUCCAACAAACAGAUGGCCAGGCAAUAUACUGGAUCCUGCUGCAUCUUUCUCAAACCCAACGAUUUGACCUACAUGUGGAUUUCCUGAGCAGCAGCGAAAGGGAGAAAGGCAUGAAGUUAUUUCGAAUGCUGCUACAGGUGCUGGAUGGUUCCCCAGGGCUGGGCAGUGAAGAAGAGCUGGAAGGUGCAGAAGAUGUUGCAAAAAAGGUGUGUGCUGCAGAGGAGGCGGUUAAUACAGCAAUGGUACAAAAAUUAAUGGAAGCGUACAAGUUGAGUAAGUCCAGUUAGAGAUCGAGGUUUGGAAGAUUUAUCCCCAUUUUGCGCACAUGUGAUUCUUUAUUCCUUCACUUCAAAGAAAGUAAAACAAAUCUUAUUAAUUGGGAGGGUUUGCCUUUUAGGUGGAUGUUUUAUUGUCAAAAUGUGUGGUGCUGGAAAAGUGCAGCAAGUCAGACAGCAUCCAAGGAACAUGAGAGUCUACAUUUCGGUCAUAAGCCCUUCAGGAAUGGGCUAAAAUCCGAAACGUUGACUCUCCUGCUCCUCAGAUGCUGCUUGACCUGCUGUGCUUUUCCAGCGCCACACAUUUUGCCUCUGAUCUCUAGUAUCUGCACUACUCACUCUUUCCAGGUGGUUGUUUUGGUCAAAGUAAUUCAACAAAAGACAUUUCUCACCAGUGUAAAUGUCUACCUUUUUAAAAUGGGCUGUUGUUUAUACUGGUCAAACUGAUUAACCAUUAUCCAUUUGUGUUACCACCCGUUUCAUAGUCGCUUUAGGGUUUUUGAUUAUUUCAAAGCAAAAAAAAACAGUGUCUAUAGCCCAUCAGCUCAACCGAAGCCGAUUUUAAUCACCUGAUGAAUCGUUGCUGUUUUUAAGAAAGUUAGUAAAGCCCAGAUGUUUCCAAAACGUUGGCCCACUUGCUUGAGUUAAAUAAGGAGGUCUCUGUCUGCUGGGAUUUACAACAUUUUUGUUUUAUUGGUAGUUUCCUUUUAUCCUGUAGUACAAUGUAAAAUGUUAACCAACCUAUCACUAAUAACUGGAAUUGAACUAAGUUUUAAUUUUUAAUGGUUGAGUCAUUUGCACGAAUGUACUCAAUACAAGCAUUAUUGAGAUUUUGUAUGUGUUAUGACUGGUCAUCAUGUGUUUUCUUGGGGGCCAGACUGGGUUACCUUGCAAGCUGGAAGAAGUCAAUUUCCAUUGCACCCAUUUAAGCUGCUGCAUUCCUGGGCUUGUACCUGGUAAUGUUAACAUUGCAGUGCAGAGGCUGGCCUGUGAAGCUGUCUGCUGAAGCUUUUAAAAAUGUAGUAUUUUUAUGGAAUAAAAUGCUGAACACCAUUCUAGGAGUACGUCAAGAAAAAAAUACUAGGAUUUUUAUUUCUGCUUGAUGUAUGGUUUCUAAAAUUUAAGUCUUAAUUGGAUGAAGCUGUUGGUAUAUCCCAUAAUAAUGGGUCUUUCUUUGCUCAAACACCUUGUGUAUUAAUUUGUACACCGGAGUAAUUGUUUGGUUUUGACACCGACUGCUUUCUACUUCAGUUUUCUCUCUGACCUCUGGUUUUUGGCUUUUUCCCCCAAUGUCAGGCGUUAGACCCUGACUCCACAGUUCAAUCUAAGUUGAGGCUCAUCCAUCCCACACCUGCAUGAAUCCAUUAACUUCAGUAUCUUCUGAUGUUUCUGAUGUUGGAUGUCGUUGCAAAACUUGAUAAGUUACAAUGGAAAUUUCUCAGUGUUUUUGACAAGCAAAAGUGUCUGUGAACAGCUUAUCCCCAGUCUGGGAGGUUUCUGGGCAUCCAACCUACCACCUCCAAUAGCAGUGUGCUGAGGCAGCAGCUGGGCAGUGGGUGGAUGGAGCCUGUGGGAAAGUAGGUGGAGAAUGAGAUUGAGCUCUAUUCUUUCUACACCUGCAAUUUAUAUCUUGUUAAAAUGUGUUAAUCCUAACAAAUUACAGGAGCUUUAUUCUUAAGAUUUGUUCUUUAUGACUGUUUGUUUGAUGUUUACUCCAAACAAUAGUA